AUGGACGGUUAUUCACCUUCUCCAAACCCAUCUUUUGCUGAGCUGCAAACCGGCUCUGGCUCGGAAUCUCACAUCACUGACCCACACUCCCUUAACGUCAUGCCCACCUUGCCGAAUGUCCUUGUCCUCGACAAUCUUCCUCCAGACACCAGCCACACCGACCUUGAAAAACUCAUUCAUUCCCGCUUGCCAUCCAAAGAUGUUUCCGACAAUCUUCGUUAUCAUAUCCUCGACUUUCAGGAUACACAUGCCUCUGUCGAGCUUGCCAGUUCAGAUCUGGCUCAUGCUGUAGCCGAGUCGCUCGACGGUGAAUCCUUGCUGGGUUGCACCAUCUCGUGCUCUGUGCUAGAAAACCCUUCUUUGGCGGUGCCAGCGUCCGAUCCAGCUCUUUCGGCGACGCCAACACCUCCACCAAUGGGGUCUAUGAACCCUUUCUUCUAUAUGCCUCCCAUGUAUCCAGUUGAUUAUGGGUAUUAUGGCUCUCAGGUGCCUCCCAACAUGCCUCAUGGUCACGGGCUAUUUUCUCGUCCCCCUAGCACGGGUCAACUCCACCCAGGAAUCCCAGUCCAGCCGCAUCCUGGGGCUCCUGGUCUUCACAGAGUUCCCAGCGUGGGUAGUGUGUCUGGGAUGCCCAACGGACCAUAUGGCCAUCCUUACGGCUAUUAUAGUGGUUCUGACUUGCCAGGCAUGAACAUGGGCUACGGACAUGGCCAGGGAAUGGGCCCUGGCUCUGGCUACGCCCCAUCGUAUCCACUGUCAAGACGCUCGCUGACGAAGCUGAAUAGCAACUUUAGCCGAAACCGUUCGUCAAGGAACAGUUCCAUCUCGCUUAACCGUCAAAACAGCAGUAACUCGUCUUUCCGUCGUGGGAGCUACCCUUCAAGGCAGAGUAGCAUGACGAGCUUGCCAGGCCGUACGAAUUCCGUUCAGUCAUCCGAGUUUGGCAAAGAUCAAGACAACGGUUUGAGCGACUUUCCAGUUACAGAAUCGCCUGUAAACGAAGAAGUGGCUGAGGAAAACGAAGAUGAAGUUGAUGAAGAAGGCAUGAUUUGCGUAGAUGACGAGAACGGUCAGCGUAUGAGGGUCAACCCACGUCGUUUGUUUGUUGGUAAUAUUCCAUUCAAUUCGACCUGGCCAACGUUAAAGAACUUUUUGGUGAACAAAGCCGAAGAAUUAGAACCCAACAAUGACAUUGAUAUCCUAAAAGUGGAGAUUCCAAUGCAGCAACCUCGUGAACAAAGUGAUACCUCGACCAUGGGGUCCUACUAUUACCUAGCGACUCUAUCACAGCAACUUCAAAGCGGGCCUGGAGGGUCAGUCCCUCAUGCUCCACCUUCACACGGCACUGAUAAUAGAGGAACCACCGGUCAGCGAGGCCUCAGUCGAGGAUUUGCUAUUGUCACAACAGGGAACAAGCAAUCGCUGGAGAAGCUCAUCAAGCACUUCAACAACAUGGAGUUUGAAAAUCGACCCAUGACAGUACGUUUUGACCGAUUCCCCAAUUUCAACAAUUAUGUCCUCCAGCAACUCUACCCAGGCCACAAAGGGUCCUACGGCGGAGGCAAGAACAAGCCCGGGUUCCUCACAAACCUCGCCUUCGAACGUAAUCUGUUCCAACAAAAGUACUAUUACGGUUCUACGCCUCAGUUCCAGCCCAUGGCUCCGCCCUUCCUAGGUGGACAGUAUUACCCACCUAACCGCAGCUACCACCGAGGAGGACUGCGGUCAGGGCGAGGAGGAGCCACCAGCGACGCCAGCAUCAAUGAAAAACCAGAAGACGACCCCAAGCAAGCACUCAGCGUGCCCGAGUCCGACCUUGGGUCUAGUUCAAACUCUGGAUCAGGCCACCGCAGCCGCAAGCCUGCCAAGAUGAGCAUGAGUGACUUGGGACCACCGCUCCAAGAGAUAGAGCAAACGAUCACUGAGGCGCCCCAGAAUCAAGGCGAUGCAUCCAAAGCCCGGGAGCUCGUGGACUUUGUCGGAGACGCAUCAGAAGAAUAA